AUGAGAAAUGAUGAUGAAGAUGACAUCUUGCAUACAGGAAGAUUAUUGCAGCAAUAUUCAGUUGACGAAUACAUCAAAUCAGAGACACAAAGAUUGGACUUUGUUUUAUACAAUCCAGAUUUGUUUAGAAUGAGUAUAUAUCAAGGACUCCUUGACAUUUUGAGGCUAGGUGAACGAAACUCUUCCAAUGUUGGAAAACAAACAUUUUUACCAAAUUCUUUCAUAGGAGGACCCACAGAUAUGCGCCAACGUUAUAUGGAUGUCAUUGCAUUAGUGCAACAUUUUGAUUCAACAUUAGAAACUGCGGCUGAAUCAUGUUUGCCAACUCUUGAAACACUUACAGCUAAAGGUUGUUUGCAAUAUACAGUUGUUGUAAAGACCAAGAAAACUACCAAUAAUAUUAAACGACUACGCUCUGACUAUGUUGAGUUGAAGAAGAUUCCACCAUGUAAGUUUUGCAAUGCAAAAAGAUUUGAGUAUGAGCCUCCUGGAUUCUGUUCUGGAAAAGGACAUGACAAGAUUGCAUUCUGUGUACAAAAUAGCGAUACAUCCAUAGAGAUAAAUGAGGUAAAAGAGUAUCAGUCUGCUAGAUGGAUAUCACCUCCAGAGGCUGUAUGGCGUCUCUUUGGUUUUGCUAUUAGUGAAAUGUCUACUAGCGUUUAUCUUCUUCAACUACAUCUAGAAUGCCAACAAUUCGUUUCUUUUAAGAGCAAUGCAGAUAUAAAUGCAAAUGUGAACAAUCCAUGA